CACAGAGUAGAGAGGCGCACAGUCAGAGCUACAGGGAGACAAACGCUAAAGGACAACUAGACAAGAGGCAGCUAAACAAGAGCAGAAAAUAACGCACUUACAUCAGCACUGGAUAUGGCUAGGUUAGAUGUUAUAGAGACAUUUCAUGGUAUUUUAUUUCCUGGACACCUGCACACCCAGGAUUCUUUACAGCUUGCUCUCAAAUUCCCGUUUGAGGACACGGAUAUCGUCAUUGUCACCUAUCCAAAGUCAGGCACCACAUGGAUGCAGGAAAUUGUGACUCUCAUAUCCAACAGAGGGAAUCCAGACUUAUCCCAAACUGUCCCAAACUGGGCUCGGGCUCCCUGGUUGGAACAUUAUUAUUUCACUGCAGUGCUGGAGGCAUCACCCACCAGACCUCGAAUCAUCACCACACACCUGCCUUAUCACCUGCUGGGACCUGCCCUCCAGGGCACCAAAGCCAAGGUCAUCUACGUGAGCAGAAACCCUAAAGAUGCGGUAGUGUCCUUUUACCACUUCCACAAAAUGGCCAACUUCCUUCCUGAUGCUGGUUCAUUUCCAGAAUUUUUAGAUCAGUUUCUGGAGGGCACACUGUGCUAUGGCUCCUGGUUUGACCACAUUAAAGGCUGGACCAGUCAGACAGCAACUAUGGACAACCUGCUUUACAUGACCUACGAGGAGAUGUCGUUGGAUCUACAUGCAGCCAUAAAGAGGGUGAGCGCUCACCUACAUUGUCCCCUGCUGGAGGACGAGUUCAACAGCUGUGUGAAACACUGCAGCUUCAGCCACAUGAAGGACAACAAGAUGGUCAACUACACCCUGGUUAAUGAAGACAUCAUGGACCAUAGCAGGGGCUCCUUCAUGAGAAAAGGUAAGAUUGGAGACUGGAAAAACAUGUUCACAGAGGAGCUGGAUCAAUAUUUCAAAUGCGUCUUCAAGUCCAAGAUGGCGGACUGCACUUUGGAGUUUGUGUGGGAGGAGCGGCUUAAAGAGGAGACAGAAGCUAAUGAACAAAUCCCACAGAAAAACACAGAAAUGUGAAAAAGCUGGAGGAAGAUGAAUCAUGUGAAGAUGGAUCAUUAGUGGAUGUGUUUCUCUAAAUUGUAUUUUAAAUUAUUUAAAGUAUAGUUUUUGGCAUGCAUAGUCAAUGCAUCUUUUGUAUAAUCUUGCUUUUAUUAAUGCAUCUGUAUAUAAUUUAAUUCUUGUGAUAUAUUUAAUCUUUUGAUUAUUAUUAUAACGUACAGAUAAAUCUCAUCUGAAUUAUUUUAUAGUUGAACAUAACCCUGGUCCAGAUUAUUUGUUUUUGGUGCAGAACAAGUGCACUUAAGGUUGCUAAUGUGCAGUACAAGCAAAUAAAUUGACAGUUAUGUAAGCAGAACGACAAUGAGCUGAGGGGGAAGGACAGGUCAAAGGUUUUAAUAUAAAGCUCCUCGUCCAGAGGGCUGAGCCGACCUUGUGUGUCCUGUCACUUCACAAACUCAAAGUAAAGUGUUGUUCUUCCUCUAGUUUCCAUGUACUCCACAGCUUUGAUCAAAUCCUGUUGCGCGCAUGUGUGCGUGUGUUUAAGAGCAAACAUAUGGUACAGAGUGUGCAGAACAAACUGUGCUCUGUGACUGCAUGCUGAACUGAUAUCUGGUGAAAAGCAGCAGUCUGGUAAAGGUUGAUGAGCAUUAAUCCACAGUUAGAGUUGAAAUUGUUUUCUAUAUUUAUGUUUAUUUAUGGUAAUUUAGAUGUCAAAACAGUUGGAAUCAUCUUCUACUUAAAAAUGACUUGUACAUGGGUAUAGCUGGGUGACAACUCUGGAGAUUGAUUUUACUCCAUGACUGUCAUUCUAUUAAGAAUGUUUGUUUUUUGUCUGGCAUGUGUUUUUGAAUCCCUCAGGACCCAGCUCAGAUUAUUUUAGCAUUGUGUUUUGAUUUAAAACUGAAUUUCUAAAUUAAUUUGCAGGAUUUAAACAAAUUAAAGAUGUACUUCACUUAUAAGCACUAUUAAAGUAUGUUGUAGUUAAAGGAACACUUUGCCCCUAAACUGUGGGUUAACAGCUAGCUAGGCUCUCUCCAAUAGUACUUUGCCGUACUAGCCUUUUUGUUGCAUAGAUUUCUAAUAGUACCUAGAUAUCUGACCAAAGAUGGUACCUAAAAAUUACAAUGGAGUGGCUCGCUCAUAGACAACUCAUUGUGACGAUUUCAUGGAUUUGUAAAAUUUAAAAUGUUUAAAGUUUGAAAAAAAUCACAAUAGAGUCAAAACUGACUUUGACUGCAGUCCCAGCUGUGCUGUUGACAGUCUUACAGGCGUCUCUUUUAUAAUGGUGGUCUCUGGGAAAAUGCUUUUUGGGCCGCAGGGUAUUUUUUAUUCCAAUACCACGGUAGGCCACUGGGAAAAAUUGGCUGCUUUCCUGGAGGCCAAACUGUUUCUGACUUGUAAAAACAGAGGCCGAGCUCAAACGGUAAAACUAAGCAGUGCUGAUUAAAUAUGUUAGUAAGUUAAUGCUACUAACAGGUAUUAUAUAAAAAAAACCUAAUUAAAGUUAGAAUUAAUAAAACAAAAAAGAAACUUUUUAAAUAUCUCUGAAUAAACAUACUCAGACACAACACUUAUCAAGACAGUUGGCUUGUCUAUUAUUGUCCUGAAAUAUGACACAGUCUGGAGCCAAGAUAAUGACCUUUAGACCAGAGUCUCGUCUGAGCAUCACGGGAAGCUGAGGCAGACACAGUGUCACAGACAUGAUCAAGGGGAGUUCCAAACAUCAUGAGAGAGAAGUGGAUAUUGUAUCUUCAAGGGAAACAGAGUUUUAAAGAAAUAUUUGCAUAAGAAGCAUAAAAUUGCACUGCUAUGGAUACAUAGGGAAACCCUAGUCAGUCACCAUGUGGGUUUUUGAUUAGCAAUACAAUGCCAGAUCAUAGAGCUGAGUAAUAAACCGCAUAAAAGCACAAGAGCUUUGACCCUCUGAUCUCAUGCAAUAAGUCCUACUUCAUCCUGUUGCUCAAAUACAAUAUUUGUUAAGAGGUUAAUAUUGUAACCUCUGAGUUAUACCUUCUGUAAAUACAUAUAAUAUAUCCUCUGUACAUCAUCUUCUGGAAUUUCUGUUUCCUAAAAAAGAAAAGAAGAUUCCUUGCAUUUUUUUUCCUUAUUGCAUUGUGUACAUAUAU